CCAAAACAGUGCCCGUUUGGGAGUCCAAAAUCGUCUUUGCGGGAAGCAAAUCCAUCCCCUCCCCAAAUGAGCCACUCAUCUACGGACUCCAGCCGACAAUCUUCUUCGUCCCCAACUUCCAACGCCUGAUAGUCAAUCUCAAGUCAACACAACUGAAACUGCUUGAUCACAAUUCACAUCUCGAAACGGAGUUCCAUCCUCUUCCUCUGUUUCCAUGGCCAAGCUUCCCAUCCAUGGAGUCCACGCCCCUGGCCUCACUCUCUUCCUCAUCUUUCUUCAGUACCCACCUCUUCUUCUCGCUCUUUCCUCAUCCUGCACCAUCCAGACCAAGCACUUCAUCAAUUGCGGAUCGAGCAACAGCGUAAACUACUUCACCAGAGACUUUGUCGGGGACACGAGUUCUGACUCCGUCUCCUUCUCAGAACAGAAUACCUCCACACAGUCCAGCGACCAACUAUCGAGCGUCUCGGCCAUCUACGACACGGCGAGAAUCUUCAGAAGCCCUUCAUCGCAAUACGUUCUUGAUAGAACCGGCAAAGGCACUCACAUCGUGCGGCUCCACUUCUUCCCUUUCGGUUCCUCGAGCAAUCUCUCUGAGGCUCUGUUCAAUGUCUCGGUAAAGGGGCUCACCCUUCUCAGCAAUUUCCAAGUGCCCAGUAGUACAGACUCUCCUGUAGUGGAGGAAUUCUUCCUCAGCAUAAGUAGAGCUAGGCUCGUGCUCCGUUUUAGUCCUCAAGGAUCAUCUUUUGCUUUUAUCAAUGCCCUUGAAGUGUUCCUUGUGCCUGAUGGACUCGCUCCGUAUUAUGCUCCAAAUCUGCGCACGACUUACAGGAUAAACGUCGGAGGCGGUGAAGUAACUCUGGCUAAUGAUAGUUUGUGGAGAAGUUGGGAUCCUGAUGAUGAUUACAUUCAUGUCCCAAAUGCUGCCCAGAAUAGCUCUAGCUAUGAGAGUGCUCUUCAUUACCAGGAUGAUCUAGACAAAUGCUUAGCAUCUGAACUCGUCUACCAGACUGCUAAAGUGAUGAGUGUGAAUUUUACCAAUGGGCAAUUAUACCGCAACACCACCUGGAGUUUCAAGGUGAGCACGAACGCCCGGCACUUGGUCCGGGCUCAUUUCUGCGACUUCGUUAGCCCGUCUCUCAACACGGUGUACUUCAAUCUCUAUAGUUAUGAUAACUUCUCUGAGUUGAUCGACCCAUAUGGCAAGAAGGUGUUUCGACAGCGGUUAGUUCCUUUCCAUUAUGAUUUGCUGGUUAAACCAGGCAGCUCAGGGCUAGUGAAAGUCAGCAUAGGCCUCCUAAAUACCUCAAUGUAUCAGCAGGCCUAUCUCAAUGGCCUGGAGAUAAUGGUGAUAAUAGGGUCGAAGGACUCAGAGGACGAUAACCAGAACAAGCAUGUCAGCCUCAUGAUUGGGCUAGUUUCCGGAAGCAUCGCGCUUCUCUGCAUUUUCGGAUCUGCAGCGAUCUUCGGAUGCAAGUAUAGAAAGCCAAAGAGAGCUGAUAUGUCGGUUUGGACACCAUCGCCUGCAUUCCGAGGAGGCAGUAAACCGACUGAGCAAACUAGCCAUGGCUCCGUCGCAUCUAAUUUUCAUUUAGGACUGACAAUACCCCUUGCUGAAAUCCAUUUUGCUACCAAUAACUUCGAUGGCAAACUUUUGAUAGGCAGUGGUGGAUUCGGUAAUGUCUAUAGAGGAACUCUCAGGGACGGCACUAAAGUUGCCGUGAAACGGAGCAAGCCAGAAUCGGAACAAGGCUUCUCCGAGUUCCAAACAGAGAUCACUGUCUUGUCCAAAAUCCGCCAUCGGCACCUCGUAUCCUUAAUUGGGUAUUGCGCUGAACGGUCCGAGAUGCUACUUGUUUACGAGUUUAUGGAGAAGGGGAGCUUAAGAGAUCACUUGUACAACUCCGAUUUCCCAUUCUUACCGUGGAACCAAAGGCUGGAGAUCUGCAUUGGAGCGGCCCGGGGCUUGAACUACCUCCACAAAGGCGUGGCUGGAGGAAUUAUUCACCGUGACAUCAAGUCCACCAACAUUUUGCUAGACGAGAAUUACGUUGCAAAGGUAGCUGACUUUGGUCUGUCCAAGCUGGGGCCUCUCGAUCAAAGCCAAACCCAUGUGAGUACAGCGGUCAAGGGCACCUUCGGAUACCUCGAUCCAGAGUACUUCAAGACCCAACAGCUGACGGAAAAAUCAGAUGUGUACUCGUUCGGAGUGGUUCUUCUUGAGGUGCUAUGUGCGAGGCCAUCCAUAGACCCUUCGCUUCCUAGAGAACAGGCGAACUUGGCCGAAUGGGGCAUCACAUUCAUCAAGAGCGGAAACAUCGAGCAAAUAGUGGACCCUGUUCUUGCUGGUCAGAUCAAUCCGAACUCGUUGAGGAAGUACGGGGAAGUUGCUGAGAAAUGCUUGCAAGAAGAGGACAAGGAGAGGCCUAGCAUGCGGGAUGUGCUCCUGGACUUGGAAUACGCCUUGCAGCUUCAGCAAACUACAGUGAACAGCAAGAUGUAUGGUGACAGCGCGACUGGCCGUUCGCUCCCAUCAUCUAGUGCAGCCGUGGUCGAGGGAGAGGGUGUGGCCACAGCAGGGAUGGACAUCUGUGAGAUGUCCAUCAGUGAAAUUUUUCCCAGAUGAAGAUUGAUGAAGCCAGAAGAAUUUCAGAUUGCAGGAUAUAUAGUGAAGUGUUUCCGAUAUCCAUUGUCUAUCUGAAAAGAAGUGUACAUCCCCAUUGUCUUGAAUUGCGCCUUGUCCAAGCAUUUGGCUCAGGAUAGAU